UCUCCUCAGGCAGCAGUAGCAGCUGCGCUCCUCGCUCUCUGAGGCAGAACCUGGCGUUACGGCCACCCAGUCAGACAUGGAGAAGGAACAGAAGCACCAGCAGGACAAGGUGCAGGGAGGGCUUAACAACAAAGCCGCCCUUGCCUCCGGGGAUGCCUGCGGGACCGAGAAUCAAGAUCCUGCUGCUUCCGUCCCCACAGUCUCCAGCCAAGCAUCUCCCUCGGGCGGCGCCGCUCUGAGCAGCAGCACAGCCGGUUCUUCCGCUGCAGCCGCCACCUCCGCCGCCAUUUUCAUCACCGAUGAUGCCUCGGGGCUGCCAAUCAUAGCUGCUGUGCGGAGCGAGAGGCAUUCUGACCUCCGGGACUGUCUCAGUCCUCACGAAGUCUUUGGGUGUGUGAUGCCUGAGGGGGGCAGCCAGGCCGCUGUGGGACCCCAGAAGGCCACUGGCCACGCCGACGAGCACCUGGCCCAGACCAAGAACCCCCGGAACAGCCGUCGUAGGAAGCAGCCCCGCCGCAACCAGGCUGCUCCGGCUCAGAAGCCCCCAGGGCGGCGUCUGUUUCCUGGGCCUUUGCCGCCAUCUUCUCCAGGGUUCCGGCCCAGCAGCCAUCCCCGUUCCGGGGCUUCUACGUCGAGUCAGGCAACCCACCCAGGCCCUGCACUCCUAAGCCACGCAUCUGAGGCAAGGCCUGCUAGCCAAAGCCGCAUCACCCUGGCAGCUUCUGCUCUCCGCAGACGUGCAUCUGGUCCAGGCCCUGUCAUCCGACGCUGCACCACCCAGCCAGGCCCUGCUUUUCCACGCCGCGCCACUCAUCUAGACGCUGCUCGCCUAAGCCCUGAAUCUGAAUCUGCGCCAGGCCCUGCUCGCCGAGGCCGUGCAUCUGCGCCAGGCUCUGCCCGUCGAGACCGUGCAUCUGCGCCAGGCCCUGCCCGCCGAGGCCGCGAUUCUGCGCCAGGCCCUGCCCGCCGAGGCCACACAUCUGCGCCAGGCCCUGCCCUUCGCGGCCGCACAGCAAGGUCAGAUCCCGCUCAUCGCAGCACCAGCACGACGCCAGGCACUGGUCUCCCGAGCCGUUCCACCCAGCGAAGUUCAGCCCUUCUCAGCCGCGGCUCUCUGUCUGGGCCAGCUGAUGAGAAUCCUUCCUGUGGGGCUGGCUUACGAAGGCUUGCCUUUCAGAGCAGAUCAGGCUCUCCUGAUCCUGAGGUCCCAAGCCGUGCUUCCCCGCCUGUUUGGCAUGCAGUCCGUAUGCGUGCCUCCUCACCCUCACCCCCUGGGAGGUUCUUCCUUCCCAUCCCUCAGCAGUGGGAUGAGAGCUCCUCCUCCUAUGCUUCCAACUCCUCCUCCUGCUCCCCGAGUAGGUCUCCUGGCCUAAGCCCCUCUUCCCCUUCCCCUGAGUUUCUGGGCCUGAGAUCUAUCUCCACUCCUAGCCCUGAUAGCCUUAGGCGUGCCUUGAUGCCUGAGUUUUAUGCUCUGAGCCCUGUCCCUCCAGAAGAGCAGGCAGAAAUAGAGAGCACAGCUCACCCUGCAACACCGCCUGAGCCGUGACCCUCUAUGAGCAUCCUGUAAGACCCACAGAAGGAGUCAACAUCUACCCACUUUGUGAAUGGGCUGCUUGCCCUGUAG